AUGAUAGGAAUUCUUGUUCUUUUCAAUCAGAGUAAUGCAGUCAUUUGUUCUUCUGGUACAUCAAGAGGAGUGCGUAACCCAGUUGCGCAGCUUUUGGAUUCAGGAAAUCUUGUUGUCAGAGAUGAAGAUGAUCUUAUCCCAGAAAAUUUCUUAUGGCAAAGUUUUGAUAAUCCUGAGAGUACAUUUCUACCAGGAAUGAAGAUCGGACUUGUCACUGAAGGCCUGUAUGUAUGUUUUUCAUCAUGGAAGAGCAUAGAUGAUCCUUGUCGAGGGAACUUCACUUUUGAAGUUGAUAUCAAUGGUUUGCAGAUGUAUCUCGAACAGAAUUCAGUUGCCAAGGCUCGAUCUGGGGAUGGAAUCGAGUUUGGUUUAGUGGGAUGCAAGAAGGUGUACUAUACCUACGAGCUGGUCGACAGCUCAGUUUUUACAAGGAUUGUUUUGAAUCAGGAUGGUCUCAUUGAGCUUUCUCUAUGGGUUGAUCGAACUAGUAGUUGGAGUCGAUACUUGUCUGCACCAAUUGACAACUGUGAUACUUAUGCAUUAUGUGGUGCUCAUGGUAGUUGUGCCAUCAGCAACUCGCCUAUAUGUGGGUGUUUGAAUGGAUUUGUUCUAAAACAGAAAAAUGAUUGGGAUAAAGCAAAUUGGUCAAGUGGAUGUGUUCGGAGGAUGCCAUUGGAUUGCCAGAAAGGUGAUGGGUUCACAAAGUAUCGCAAUGUUAAAUUACCUGACAUGAAGAAUUCUUCAAUCAAUGAAAGCAUGACCUUGACCUUGGAGGAAUGUGGUGGUGGUGUCGUUUGUGGUGGAGGAUUGGAAGGGGGAUGUAUCGAAGACAAUGGAGAGACUUCAAGAGGAGAGGCGGGGCGGGAAUGUGGAGGGGAAUCCAUGGUCGAUUGGAGAAGAGAUGGAAAUGUAGGGAGAUUUAGGGUUUCGUGA